GUUUUCUAAGGGGAAACUGGUUUAUAAAACGAUAUUUCAACUACCAGCAGAUCGAGUUUGUUUUUAGAAUUUAAUUAGAAAACGAGAACAGCGAAAAUGCAAAUUUCUAUUGUAUUUUCAUUGUUUUGUUUGGUGGCCACGGCCUGGGCCAAUACAGCGGCCCCCGCCAAGCCCGUUGUGAAAGAAAAGCAAUUGGUUUGCUAUUAUGAUUCCUCCAGUUUUAUUAAAGAGGGUUUGGCCAAAUUGAUUAUUGAUGACUUGGAACCCGCCUUCCAAUUCUGUACCUACAUUGUAUAUGGUUAUGCCGGCAUUGAACGUGAUUCCUUCAAGGCUUUGAGUACCAAUCAAAAUUUGGACUUGGAUUUGGGCAAGGGUUUGUAUCGUACUAUGACCCGUCUAAAGCGUAAAUAUCCCAAUGUCAAGGUUUUGUUGAGUGUGGGUGGUGACAAGGACAUUGAGACCGGUGAAGAUGCCAAGGACUUGCCCAACAAAUACUUGGAAUUGUUGGAGAAUCCCACAGGACGCAUGCGUUUCAUUAACACCGCCUAUGCUUUGGUUAAGACUUAUGGUUUCGAUGGUUUGGAUAUUGCUUGGCAAUUCCCCAAGAACAAACCCAAGAAGUUGCACAGUGGUUUGGGCAGUUUCUGGAAGGGUUUCAAGAAAGUGUUUACCGGCGAUCAUAUUGUUGAUGAAAACUCGGAAAUGCACAAGGAACAGUUUACCGCUUUUAUGCGUGAUUUGAAAAAUGAAUUGAGACCCGAUAACUUCUUGUUGUCCGCCACUGUCUUGCCCAAUGUUAAUUCAUCAUUGUUCUUUGAUGUUCCCGCCUUAACCAACUAUGUUGACUUUGUCAAUUUGGCUGCCUUUGAUUUCUAUACCCCCGAACGUAACCACGAUUUGGCUGACAUUGCUGCUCCCCUAUACCCCAUGGCUGAUCGUAAUCCUGAAUUCAAUGCUGAUUAUCAGGUACAAUUCUGGUUGCGUAACGGUUGCCCUGCCUCGAAAAUCAAUUUGGGCAUCAGCACCUAUGGCCGUCCCUGGAAAUUAACUGAAGAUUCAGGUGAUACUGGUGUACCUCCCGUUACCAAGGUUGAAAAUGAUGCUCCCUUGGGUGUUAACACUCAAACUUUGGGCUUGUACAGCUGGCAGGAAACCUGCUCCUUAUUGCCCAAUGCCAAUAACAUGUACGCCAAGGGUGCCGAUGCUCCUUUAAGAAAAAUUACCGAUCCCGCUCGUCGCAGUGGUGUUUAUGCUUUCAGAGCUGCCGAUAAGAAGGGCAAGAAUGGCGUUUGGGUUUCAUAUGAAGAUCCCGAUACUGCUGCCGAUAAGGCUGCCUAUGCCAAGAAUCAUAAUUUGGGCGGUGUAGCUUUGUAUGACUUGUCUUACGAUGAUUUCCGUGGUCUCUGUACCGGUGACAAAUAUCCCAUUUUACGUGCUGUGAAAUAUCGUUUGGUCAACUAAAUCUAUGUAUGUGUCUAAUUUGUACGUUUUAUUUUUGCAAAUUGCGUGAAAAUUAUGAAUUAUGUUUUUAUAUUAUAGCUUUAGGCAUUUGUUAAAAUAAGUUUUUAAACAAAAUCUCAAUGUUUAUUCUGCAUAGUUUAUGUGUUACUGUGUUUUUUUUUUUUGGAGAGUUGAUAAAGAAAUAAAUAUUUUAACAAAUUUUUACUUUAAA